UCUUAAUUCUGUUAAAAAAAAAAAAGACCACAAACGAAUCGUUUGUUGCGUUCGAACGAACCGCUUCGCUCAAACGAAUCAGACUUCCCGCUAGCUCGUGUGUGCACGCAGGUCAGCGCUGUUUAUGCUCCUCUGAUCUCCGACGCGCGCCCCACGUGCACGCGCUCGGCACAGGAUGAUCUUGUUACAUUGUAGCGCGGCGUAACUGUGCGUCAUAAAGAGGAAGAACGCUUGAUCCAGGAAAAUACGGCGCUUUUAAAGUUUCCAUCGGAUACAUUUAAAUCCUGUCGGUACCGUGAGACGAUUGGAGCGCAGAAAGCGAGGAGAGAAAUCUUGAUUUACACAUCCAAAGCGGGAUUCGUUGUCGGAGGGUGAUUCCGGACUCAGUCCUGACCAUCGAAAGCCCCGUGGAUGACCUCCAGAAGCAUGUAUCCGCACGGAAGACCCCAGGCUCCUCUGGUGUCAGGACACCCCGGGAUGAAGUUUACAGUGCUGGAAACACUCGACCAUAUCAAAGAAGAAUUCCAGCUCUUCCAAGCUCAGUACCACAGUCUCAAGAUGGAAUGUGAGAAGUUGGCGAGUGAGAAAACCGAGAUGCAUAGACAUUAUAUCAUGUAUUAUGAGAUGUCUUACGGUCUGAACAUUGAGAUGCAGAAACAGGCUGAAAUUGUGAAGCGUCUCAGCACUAUAUGCACACAGAUCAUUCCUCUGCUGUCCCAAGAGCAUCAGCACCAGGUGGCACAAGCAGUCGAGAGAUCAAAACAUGUAAGCAUGGCCGAACUCAACGCCAUCAUAGGGCAACAACAGUUCCAGCAUCUUUCCCAUCAUGCCCAAGGCUUCCCUCUUACAUCACACCCCUCCGGACUGACCCUGGGAGCAGGUGCGAGCCUCAUGGCUCUUCAUGGGGCCUUCCCGUUUCCUCCGCAUCUAGCCCCUAAAGAAGACGCCACUAACCUUGAGCAUUUAGACUCCAGAGAUGGAGCCCCAGUAAGGAGUGGCAGCGGCUCUCCGGUGACCCAUCGCUCUUCAGGGCUGCGACUUGGUCUUCCUUCAUCUUCAUCCUCUUCAUCUCACGCAGAGUCAGACGGCAAGCGAAGCGGUUCGGACCAGACCAGCACAGGACGAUCACGGCAGGAGAGUGACAGUAAAAGUGAAGACGCACUGAGAAGAGAUGGAGCUAAAGAGAAGAGCACAUCACCUGCAGGGGUCUCUCCCAGGUCAGCCGAAGGAAACGGAUUGAGCAGCUCACCCGUUCCCCGGAAAAAUCCAUCCAGAGACGCUCCCUCCCCAACAUCAUCCCUCCAUUCGCAACCACGCUCGCCCAGUCUCUGCCGGAGCCCCGCUCAGGAGAAAGUGAGAUCUCCGUCUCCAGCAGUCUCCCAUGAUUCACUCUCUCCUGGCUCUCCUGCAGCACCUCCUCCCCGCCCCCUGUCCUCCUCCGCCCGCGGUUCCUCUCCUGUUCUCAAACACUAGGACCCACUCCUAACCAUGGAGUGAGACUAGUGAAAGACACCCGCUACCCCUCCCCUGCCCGCCCUUCCCAGAAUGCACGGGGGUCGUUCCUAGAACGCACCGCGUCGGCCCCAGAACGCAGGGGACUCGGGCAUCAGGUGCCUUGUCAUCCACCCUUGUGGCCCUCCGAGCUGAACUCUGAGCGAUCUGCAUCUGUCUGCCCUCACGUAGGGCAUCAGCCAAUCAGCUGACUGACAGCUCCGUCAGCCAAUUAGAAAGCAAGCUGAAUAUUCUGUGUGCUGGGCUGAGAUAUGGAUUUCUACGUACAUCCCACACAGAAAUGGACUGAGAUGCUUUUUACUGCCAAUUUUUUAAGUCAAAAUGAGUUCAGAAGAAGAUGUGGACACUUCUAGACAAACGGAUAUUGAAAGUGUUCCCAUUGUACCUCCAUUGCACACAAAAACUUGUAACUGUAUUUCAGUAAAACAGCCAAAAGUCACUGCAUUGUUGCCCCUCACUAAUACUGACUUUGAGUAACUGUCCUUUUAAAUGCAUAUUAUAAGUUUCUCACAGUAUGUAAAGACAAAUAUUGAUAUAAAUAUGUGUAUAAAUAUAUGUAUAUAUAC